AUGGUGACAGGACGCAAGGAGGUGAUCAGUCGCAUCAAAACCUUGAACGAGGAGAGGUUGCUGGACGAUGGUCGAGAGUUGAGGGAAAAGAAACAGGGCUCCCGAAACGUGGUAGAUCUGCGCAUCUCCUGCAGACCUCAGAGCCGCCUGCACGAUCUGGGCAUCUGUGAUGGAUCGCUGCGCUUGGUGGACAUGCCUGGGCAGGAUGAGACGGACAAUCCCGUGGUGAAGGAAUGCUUCGAUCAAUUGCUGUCGAUGUGUCACGGACUUAUCUGCCUGGUGAAGCAUAGCGCGGUGCGUUCCGACUCGCUGGCCGUGCUGAUGGACCGCAUCGCCGUCCAAGCUCCGCAUCUCUUCACCACACCCGGGGCCUUGACCUUCGUCAUCUCGCAGGUGGACCUGGUCCGCCAGGACGAUUCGGAGGAUGAGCUGCCAGCCAAGGUGGCCAAGGGCGAUCGGAUCCUGUUGGACUUGAAACGGGAGUUGCUGCAAUAUUUGGCCAACCGUGAUGUAAAGGUUUUCUGCGUGUCAGUGGAUCAGCAGAUGAAUGGCGGCCAUGAGUACACGCAACUGCUCGACUCGGUGGGCGAUUUGCAUAGUAUCAUCCAGGAGCUGAAGAUGUCGCGGAAGUUGAAACUCUGUAAGGAGAUCUAUGAGAUCUUCAUGGAUCGGCUGGAGACCAUCGGCAAGGAAUAUCCGGCGCGAGCCACUGAGGUCAUCGAAGCGGAACGCCACGAGAAGGCGGUGCGGAACGCCUCUAUGGCGGUGGCGGCGGCCUCCUUCCUGGUUACCAUCCCCUUGGGUGGCUGGGGCAUUUGGGCUGGUUGCGCAGUGAGAUGCGCGGCAGCAGGCACGGCCUUGGGCGUGGGCGUCAUGGCCUCCACCGUGACUCCGGCCACGAACGAAGGAGAAAUGCAGGGCGACCAGGACACCCUGGGUGGUCACAGCUGCCUGGGUGCGGGACGCUUUGGAGCCAUCGGAGCGCAGGAGGCCAACAAGCGGGUGAUCUUCAACCGCACAGCAGCAACGAUUCGUGAGGGAAAAGCCUAUGAAGAUACCCUGCUGGACGCAGAUGAUGCGCCGGUGUACAUUGGCGACUACAUGGGGGAUGUCCCCCAUGGCCAAGGGCGACUGUUUUGGAAAAGUACCAACUUUGAAGCCUUCAUUGGAAGGUUCAAGAACGGCCGGCCCAGAGAGGGACUCUUCAUCAAUGAGAAGGGCUUCUGUGUGGCCCGUGCUGAGGUCAGCGCCGACGGCGCCGUGUCCAUUUCGGGCGUCCAGCCCGACGAAGACGUCUCGGUGCUCGCGGCCUCGGCGGCGCCGGGCGAGCCGGCGGUGAGCCUGGUGACUCUGGAAGAUUUCUUGAAACCUUCUGAUGGAUACAAGGCACUGGUGGUGAUGGUGGUGAAGCUUGAAGAUGGGAUGGUAGCUGGAUGA